GGCAACUUGGCAGUAUGUGCUUUCAAGCUCCAUGAAGUAAAUCAAAUCAUUCAUUACAUUUUGAAUUUUGUAUUGUUUGUUGUUAGUGAAUAUCGCGAUAGCCCAAAGUAUACAUAAAAACACAAAUGAUGAAACUGGUCGACCAAGUGGUACGAAGUUUUAAAGUAGCUAAGGUGUUUCGAGAAAACACAGACAAAAUAAACAGUAUUGACUUUUCUCCAAGUGGCGAGACACUAAUAUCUUGUAGCGAAGAUGAUCAAAUUGUUAUAUAUGAUUGUGAGAAAGGCACGCAGAUGAUUACAGUCAACAGUAAAAAGUAUGGUGUCGAUCUCAUACACUUCACACAUGCCAAGAACACAGCUAUACACAGUUCAACUAAAGUUGAUGAUACUAUAAGAUAUUUGUCACUUCAUGAUAAUAAGUAUAUCAGGUAUUUCCCGGGACACACUAAGAAAGUUGUAACAUUAUGCUUGUCACCAGUUGAAGACACAUUUCUGUCUGGAUCAUUGGACAAAACACUGCGCUUGUGGGACUUGCGAUCACCAAAUUGUCAAGGCUUGAUGCAUCUGUCUGGAAGACCUGUAGCAGCUUAUGAUCCUGAAGGCCUUAUUUUCGCAGCUGGUGUUAAUUCUGAAAGCAUUAAGCUGUAUGACUUACGGUCAUUUGAUAAGGGCCCCUUUGUCACCUUCAAGCUAAAUCAAGAGAAAGAAUGUGACUGGACUGGAUUAAAAUUUUCACGUGAUGGAAAAACAAUGUUGAUCAGUACAAAUGGAUCCAUAAUCAGAUUAGUGGAUGCAUAUCAUGGCACUCCUUUGCAGACAUUUACUGGUCAUCUUAAUAAUAAAGGCAUACCUAUAGAGGCCUCAUUUAGUCCAGACUCACAAUAUAUCUUCAGUGGCUCGACCGAUGGGAGAGUCCAUGUCUGGAAUGCUGACACUGGAUAUAAAGUGUGUGUUUUAAAUGGAGAUCAUCCUGCACCUAUACAAUGUGUACAAUUCAGUCCUAAGUUCAUGAUGCUGGCUUCUGCUUGCACCAAUAUGGCGUUUUGGUUGCCCACAAUAGAUGAUGUUUAAUUUGGUUAAGAAGAUGCAUUAUUACAAUUUGAGAUACCAUCAGUGAUUAAGAACUUGUAAGUUUUAAUCUUUAGGAACAGCAGUAAACCCUAAUAAUUAUCUGAAGACAAUGUAACAUGCUUUAUAUUGUAACUAAUAUUCAUUUAGUUUCUACCUUUUACUUAAUAAAUAUAUCCACAAUACAUGAAUAUUAUAGAUGUAGCUUGAAGACUGUUGUAUUUAUCAAUGUAUGGAAUAAAAUUUUAAACAUAGAAACUGAAUGAAUAUAGAAUUAAGGUAAUCAAUGUUUUAUUAAUUAUAUAUACUUAAGUAAUAUAACAAGGUAUGUAUUUGUAUUUGUGUACUAGCACCCUAGAUUAUGCAUUUAAAUAGUUUUCAUUCCAAUAAAAAAUCACAUAUAUUCCAAGUAGCCAAGAUCUAAAUUCACAUACAUAGUAACCCAAAUAUAUAGUACAUUACAUGACUUCCAUCAAUUUUAAGAAGGAAUUAGAAAUUGAUUUGUUUUAUUUAUGUAAUUUUGGCAUGAAAACAUUCCUUACUAUAGUUUCUAGAAAUAGAAAAGAAUUAAAGAAGUAAGCAUACAAGUAUAUCAUUAAUCUUAGUAAUUUUGUUAAUGUAUUUAAAAGUAAUAUGGCCAAAUAAUAUUCCUUGACUAUUUUAUCAUCUGCUUCUCUUUCUGGUUAAGAAACAAGUUGUAACACAAAUUCAUGUGUUAGCAAAAAAGUAAUUUAGUCUUGAACUCUAGAUGAAUGGUGGAAUGUAUUUCUAGUGACCGAGAUUUUUUAUAAAUAAAAUAAUUCUGAAUUUGA